CCUUGCACCUGGGCGCUAGUAACACCUCUUGCUGUUGAUACAAAGUGGAGAUUUCUCGCCGGCACUGACUCGGUCAGAUCGGUUGAGGUACCCUUUCGCUCUUGAGUCUUGGAAACCUUGUCUCUGGUUGCCGCCAUGCCCACUUUGCGCGAGCGACCCAGCAGAGGCGAGAUCUCGCCGGUCAAACGACGAAGCUCGAAUUCUCAGUUUUCUCCUUCGACGGCCAAGUCAACUCCCAGGUCGCAUCGCACCAGAAUGUCGAGCGACGCGAUCGAGGUGCGCGAAUCCAUCGAGGCCAAGGGUGACGUUGAUGAGGAUGUUGAGAUGGAGGACGCCGAUGACGCGACGCGACGCGACGGCGAGGAGGACGGCGCUGAUGGUGACGGCGAUGGUGACGGGGACGGCGACCGCGACGCCGAUGGGGACGUCGAUGCCGAAGGCGAGUCGGACGACGAUGCAGAGCGCACGCGAACGGACCCAGGAUUGCUGCACCUCAUCAGGGAAACCUCCGAGUACCUCUGUCAAUACACCAUCAAGGUUGACGGGGAGGACCACCAGAUCGCUGCGGGAUUCCAGCGCCUGGUAAACAAGCGCAGCCUCCCUGAUUAUUUCGAGGUCAUCAAGGAGCCCAUGGCAUUCAGCACUAUUCGAGCUAAGCUUCUCAGGAAAACAUACCGAAACUUCAAUGAGUUUGUGUGCGACGUCACACGGAUAUGCCACAAUGCCCAGGUGUACAACAGGCCAUCUGCGCCAAUCUUCUCCGAUGCUGGCCGUCUGAUGGAAGUGUUCAAGGCGAAGCUGGAUGAGCUCGUUAAGUUCGGGGACAUCCCUGCCGUUGACGCCGAAAUUCCGGACUAUGGGCCUUUGCCCGAGUUCGAGGACUCGCCACCCCCCGAAGAGGGGGAGGAGGAAGGAGACGAUGAUGACGAGGACGAGGACGAAGAAGAAGACGAUGAUGAUUCAGACGAUGAAGGUGUGCGUCGCCGCGCAGGGAGGCGCGGCCGUCAAGCUGGGGGCAGGCGCGGCGGCGAUGACGGCGAUGACGGCCACAAAAAGCGUGGCAGACCGCCCAAGGUACUUACACCGUUAGAGGCUCGUAUCCAGGCACUCUUGAAGGGGCUGCGCAGGUUCAAAAACGAGAAAGGGCAAGCGCGCAUCCUGCACUUUGAGAAGCUCCCCGACAAAGCAGAGGUGCCUGAUUACUAUACUGCAGUGCGCAAUCCCAUCGCCCUCGAUACCAUCAAGAAGAAGCACAAGCGCAAAAAGUACCAUACACUAGAUCAAGUUCUUCAGGACCUGGACACCAUGUUUGAAAAUGCCAAGCAGUACAAUGAGGAGGGCAGCGAGGUAUAUCAGGAUGCAAUCGAGUUGCAAAAGCAGGCUCGGAUCCUCGCCGAGCAGGAGAAGGCAAAGCCCGACGAGGAUUUCCGGGAUGAGGAUGGAAAGCUGCCGCUGGCAAGCAUUGAGCAUCGAGGGGAAACUUGGAAAGUUGGCGACUGGGUUCAUAUCCGCAACCCGAAUGACCUGUCGAAGCCGAUCGUCGCCCAGAUCUACAGGACGUGGUCAGACAAGUCGGGCCAGAAAUGGGUGAAUGCGUGUUGGUACUACCGCCCUGAGCAGACAGUGCAUCGCUUCGACAAGCACUUCUAUGAAAACGAGGUGGUCAAGACGGGCCAGUACCGCGAUCACCGCAUCGAGGACGUCGAGGAUCGCUGCUUUGUCAUGUUCAUCACACGGUACCCGAGGGGCCGACCGCGAGGUCUGCCGCCCAAUGCUUCGGUGUACGUGUGCGAGGCACGGUAUAACGAAGACAGGUUCCGCUUCAACAAGAUCAAGACUUGGACGAGCUGCCUGCCGGAUGAGGUUCGCGACAAGGAUUACGAGAUGGAUCUAUUUGAUGCACCUCGAAUUCUCAAGAAGGUGCCGAGCCCGAUCAAGCAUCUGCUGCAAGCAGACGCUAAAGAGUCGGACGACCUUCCAAAGCCGACUUGGAGAAGCCCUAACGCGCCACCCCUGAUCGGAGCGGUCCAUCGCCGCCCGAGAGAGCCAAAUGAAUCACCUCCGCCAGAAGUCAAUCCGCUACCAACGGCUGUCGCGCCUGCGCCGCUCGCAAUCGGACCUUCCCGAGUUCCCAUCAAAACCGACGUUGGUGUCGCGGGAACUCCUACCUUUCAUCAUCCGCAUCCCACCGCGGUCGCCCCGGUACCUACUCCAUCGCCACAUUACCAGAUGCAGCACUUUGCGCCACGGCAGGCUCCACCGCCUGCUCCUCACCAGACACCAGUCCAUCUCCAACCCCAGCCGCAACAGAUGGCUAUGCACGUGCCGCAUCCUGGGAUGCCGCAAAUGCAGCCAAGCCCUCACUACCCGCCACAUGGGUAUCCGCCGCAAUAUGGAGCGCAACCCCAGGUUCCACAGCCGAUUCACUAUCAUACACCAAACCAUAUCGCGCCGGCUCCGAAUCACCUCACCCCAGCCUUUGAUCGGAACCAUCGCCCGGUGCAUCCCGCCCCAGCCAUGACGCCUUCGGCUCGCCAACCCAUGGCGCCCGCACCCAACAUCGCCACCAUUCCGCAUGCAAAUGCCCACACCGCCAACAUCUACAACGUCCCGCGCGCACCCGAGGUGUACACCCUCGCGGAGAAUCUGGACGCGGCUAUCCCGGCAGAGGUGCGCGAGCAGUUCCAGCGUGACGAGAACGGGCGUGUCCUGUUCUUCACGGCGCCGCCGCUGAACCGGGCGAACAACGGGGUCGCCGAACAGUACGCCGGGCUGGGCCACAGCGUCAGCCAUCUAGCCAGCAUCAAGCAGCUGCGCGAAGAGCGCGCGAGGAAGCGCAAGGAGCGGGAUGAGGCCCUGGCUCGCGAGCAGGAAUCGAUCAAGAAGCAGUCGGCAGCAACGGCCGAGGCUGACGCAACACGGCAAGCCGAAUCCGAGCUGAAGAAGCAGACCGAGCUGGUCGAGAGAGUCCUCCUGAACUGGUCAGCCGACCUGAUACGGGGCACGGAACAGCUCGAGGAGAGCGUUGGCCCCGAGUGGAAGGAGAUGAUGCGGCAGAGCCGUGAGGAAAACGCCGGCAAGACGGAGGCCGAGCUGCGCGAAAAGAAUCUGCGCUGGUUCUAUGAGGAUGCUCUACGGCGGGGCGACAUAACUGUGGAGCAGAAGAAGGAAUUGGAGGACUGCUUCGUCCAUCGGAAGCAUUUGACGAGUUGAGGGCUCAUGUUGUUUUGCUCUACACAAUGUAUACAUAGCCGCGCAUCGAGUAAGGGUUGGUGUGGAGGGCUCGCUUGCACCGGACAGGUCUCUGGAGUUGGGGUUCGGGUUGGGAGAUCGGAAGAUAAUGAGGAGACAAGGGGUACCUCUAUGUGCGGUAUUACGGGUAUAGGCGCCGCUCUGAAAUGGGAUAUGAGCCGGUAUUGGCUUUGGGACUGAAUAUUCAGGGUUGCUCAAGCUUCGAUGAAAACCCGUCUGCUGGCUUUUCAAUGGAUGCAAUGGAUGAUUCAGGCUCUGACUCCCGACUGGUGAGAUACUAACACCAUGACAAGUACCUAGGAGUAUCCUAGCCUCCUGGAGCUGAUAUCACCAGCCAGUUUGAUACUGGCUGAUACAAUGCAGCUGUAUCCGGUCUCC